AUUUUGGGUAAGUAUGUCUAUUAUUCGUGAGAUGAAGUAGAGUAAUAUCCAGGGUUCUGUGUGCCUUUCUUGUCCCUGUUUUACAAAGUCUUCAGUAUGGUUAUAGUUUCGAUCAUCCGCCCUUUCUGUUUCUUCUCUUCCAUUCACUGUUUCUUGCCCUCACUGUCCACGAUGACCAACAUCAUGACCUCUGCAUCUGCCCGCGUCGUGUCUGCGGCACAACAAGACGCUCGUGCCCCCAAACAAAGAACUCUGUACCAGCUUCCCAGCAAGGUGAUAUCUUCGUACGCUCCGGCCCCAGAUGCGGAGAAGAUAGCCUCGGAGAUCCGGGACGGCGUCAACGUCGUUAAUUGGUUCACAGCGCACUUUAAUACCACAGUCAGCGCAGGAAAAAAAAUCGACAUCAAAAUCGACCCCAGCAGGGACAUCGCAGAGAUAGUGAAGAUCGCAGAAGUCCACCCCGAAGUCGCACAUAUUCUCUGUUUCGGCGGCUGGAACGCGCCGCAUUUAGAAGCUUCGGUGACAACCGCUGACGGCGAGAAAAUUUGGCUGACCGGAAAAGAGUACUUUGACGCGUUCGAAAGCUGGAAUGCGGAUUUGCAACACAAAUACCCCGGCUUCCGGGGUUUCGAUGGCGUCGACUGGGAUUACGAGGGCGCGUCUUGGAAAUCGGAGACAAAUACUUUCCCCCGCGAAGUGCUGGACAUCGUCGGAGAGCUGUCGGUCUUGUUAAAACAGAACAAUUACCUCGUCACCAUGGCGCCAGCGCAAAGCUACCUCGAUUGCACUUGUUUGGUAGAAGAAGUAGGGGGAGAUAAGACAUCUUCACAGAGGGCAACGGGUGGUGAUGGCAUUGCGCCUGCAGCACAACAGGAACAAGAAGCAGAUGAGAACCACACACACGCAGGCACCAUCAUUCCCGAAUGCGAGUUCAGCUUCUCCCUUGAAUUACCACCGUGGCCGAAGGACUGGCAUCCGGAGUUUUUGCACCACGGUAGGAACGCGUACGCCUACUGGCUGGGAAAGUAUGGGAAGACCGUGAUCGAACGCGAGGGAGCAGACGGAAGUAGAGUUGUUACUCACCCAGUUCCGGUUUUCGACCUCAUCAGCAUCCAGCUCUACGAGGGGAAGGCGCACGCGGACUACGCGGUCAGCGUUUUGAAAAUGCCAACGCGGCGGUACCUGGAGGAUAUGGAUUGCAAAUAUGUCUGGGUCUGGAAACUUGUAAUGCUAAAAGUGAACGAAAGACGCACCGCAAUACGCAUCUAUGCAUGACAAGUUUCUUGGCUGCCAUGUCUUACGUAUUCCGCAUGGCAAGCUGCGUUUUUGCGUGACAGGUAAGAGGGCUUUUUCGUGCCUAUGCAACACAGAUUCUCGAGUCAUGCCAGACAAGCGUGACAAACUUGCAUUCUUCCAGACCCAGACAUUUUUGCAUUUGAUAGAGGAUCUAGGCGAGCAAUACAGGAAGGGCUACUACAUCACCGUGCCGGCGGGGACGGCGAAGGGGGAACCAGUUCCAGCCGAAAAGCUUCUGGUCCAAAUUCCCUCACAAAACCUGUUGUGGGGAUUUGCCUUUGGCAAAAAUUCAGCGGGGGAUUUCCUAGUCGAGGACUUCGACAACGCCUUGCGGGGACUGGACGUUCGCGGGGGAAUGUUUUGGAACAUGGAGAUCGACGGCACGGGAAUCGAGACGGACGACAAAUCGGACCCGUCAAAGUUUUUGCACAUAGCAAAAGCCAUGAGACAUGCGUUACAAAUCGAAGUAGAACCUGAUGAAGUCGAUGCAGAAGCAAUUGCUUUUAGUGAACACAAUAAAGGAGCCAACAUCGUCACAUAAUUUGUAGCAGCUUGACUUUUUUGAAAACUGCCACAGAUGAAAGAACUGGGCACUUUCUUAUCCGCGUAUCACAGUUCUUGGG